UUUUACAGCUGGUUGGCUGCUGCAUUUCUUCAACGUGAAUUUGAAAGGAAUGAACGGUGUCGUAAGCUUAAUCAUACCUGCAAUUACCCACAAAGAACUUUUACUUGCACGAUAAACCUUGAAGUGGUAGUUACGGAGCGGCUGGCGUUAGAGAUAGUUUGUUGCAAAAAUUGUUAAAGGAAUAUGGCUGAGUCUCAAGAAAGUUUAUUACAGAAAGUUAAAGAUCAGGGAGAUCUAGUUAGAAAAUUGAAGGCUGCAAAGGAAUCUAGCGAGAAGGCAAAGAAGACUAAUAUAGAAUAUAAUCUUGAAGAGAUCAACAAAUGGCUGUACCAAUACAGUUACAUUUGUGGAUAUACUCCUACCACUAGCGAUAUACAACUUUUUAACUAUCUCGAAAAACAUUUAGUUUUUGAAUCAUAUCAGUACAUUAAGAGGUGGUGGUACCAUAUGCGGAGCUUCAGUGUCUCUGAAAUAUCGAAAUUUCCAACAACUCGACCUCCAGCUAUAAUGCAUAAAAUACCAAAAGUCAAUAUUGAUUCUCUGAAUGAGCAGAUCCAGCAAGAGGUAGCAAAAUUACUGGCAUUGAAAGCUGAGCUGGCAUCGGACGAUGCAGGUCCUCAAAAAUUCACACUCAAGACUCCCAAAGGGACUCGUGACUACAAUCCGCAGCAAAUGACAAUACGAAAUAAUGUGCUGCAGAAAAUCAUUGAAGUUUUCAAGAAACAUGGUGCAGAAUGCAUUGAUACACCUGUUUUUGAAUUGAAGGAAGUGCUAACUGGCAAAUAUGGUGAGGAUUCAAAAUUGAUUUACGAUUUGAAAGACCAGGGAGGUGAAAUCCUUUCCUUGCGUUAUGACUUGACAGUACCGUUGGCACGGUAUCUGGCUAUGAGCAAGAUCAGUACUCUGAAACGGUACCACAUUGCCAAGGUGUACAGGCGAGACAACCCUGCUAUGACCCGAGGGAGAUACAGGGAAUUUUACCAAUGUGAUUUUGACAUAGCCGGCCAGUAUGACAUUAUGGUCCCAGAUGCAGAGUGCCUCAAAGUGGUCACAGAGAUUCUGGACUCGCUCGACAUUGGCAAAUAUGUACUGAAAGUGAACCACAGACGGUUGCUUGACGGAAUGUUUGAGGCCUGUGGGGUGCCUGAUGAUAAAUUUAGGGCCGCAUGUUCUGCUGUGGACAAGCUAGAUAAGUCUCCAUGGGAAGAAGUCAGGACAGAAUUGAUAAAUGAGAAAGGAAUAACCCCAGAUGCAGCCGACAGAAUCGGAAAGUAUGUCCGCUUGAGUGGCAGCACCGAACUCAUCGAGAAGUUGCUCCAAGACCACACAUUGACUGCAGCGAAGCCCUCCGUAGAUGGAUUGUGUGGCAUUAAGAUCCUACUGGACUAUUGUGAGAUCUACGGCAUUAAGAACAAAGUUGUCUUUGAUUUGAGCUUGGCAAGAGGACUGGAUUAUUACACAGGAGUUAUCUAUGAAGCUGUAUUGACAGAGCCCAUUAAAAUCGGCAAUGAAGAGCAGUCCGUAGGCUCGAUCGCCGGCGGCGGACGAUACGAUAACCUUGUCGGGAUGUUUGAUUCGAAGAACAAACAGGUGCCUUGCGUAGGUGUGAGUAUAGGAGUAGAGCGCAUCUUCUCUGUGAUGGAAGCGAAACUGGCCGCGGGAGAUAUGCAUGUGCGGACGAACGAAAUCGAAGUAUACGUCAUAUCGGCGCAGAAAAACUUCCUCGAGGAAAGAAUGAGGAUCUGCAAUGAACUCUGGAACGCAGGCAUUAAGGCCGAACAAUCCUACAAGAAAAACCCCAAAAUGCUCACACAACUGCAACAUUGCGAAGAGUACGGCAUUCCGCUCGCCGUCGUCUUGGGCGAGUCCGAACUAAAGCGAGGCGUCGUCAAGAUACGGCACAUCAAGUCGAGGUCCGAAGAAGAAAUACCCCGCGGUAAACUCCUGUCAGAAAUCACAGAGAGGAUAGCUAACCUGGGCAAAAUUGAGAUGAACGGGAACGGAAAAUAAACUACUUAAUUUUAAUAGUUGUAAUGGUGGUACGAAUGAAAUCUAGUUGUCAAUUCGAGUCAGUAAUUGACCCUUUUUCUAAAAAUUUGCAUUAAGCCGGGUCCGGGUGUAAUGUGUAAUGUAAGAUUACAUGUAACACGAAUUCUACGUGUGGACGGCACUACGAGCAUUACACGUAUAUGCUGCUUACUAUUUCUAUUACAUUACACGAUACAUUAUAUUACACGUUACACCCGUCUGGAUUCGGCUUAAGUCAGAGCAUUUAAUUGUAAUGAACGUACUUUAUCGCGAACCAAACAUUGUAUGACCUUCGAAGUUUUGUCACAAACUGAUUCACAAACUGAUGAGCGAAAUUAUGUAACACGCGCAGUGAAUAGUGUGUGUGAAUUAUAAAAAGGACUCUUGUGCUAACAAUUAGUCGAAAAUUCGUAGGAUCUUUAUAUUGUUAGGAAAAUUUGCGCCUGUAUUUGUACCGUUCGAAAGAACAUGCUUGAUAAAAUGUAAAUCCAAAAGUCAAUUUACUGACUCGAAUUAGUAACUCGUGGCAAAAUGUUAUCCUAACUGUUUACUCAUUUCGGUUGGUGAGACUGAGUAAAAUGUGUUUUAUUGCUACAAAUCUAAAUCUAAAGUUAUGUGCACGUCAAAAUUUAAAAUAAAUGAUAGAGCAUUAAGUUUGGUACCGUUAGUUCCAUAAAUUAAUGUAAAGUAACUCUAAACAUAAUUUGGGUAUAAGUAAAUGGAUUGUAAGAAUAUUAAAAUUUUUGAUAAGAUUGAGUUUUGAUGCAGACUUCCAAAAAAUUGUAUCAGGCUUGCCGUGCAUUCAAUAACUUGAAGUAAAAACUAAGGCCCUUAUUACUAAACUAACCCUAAAACUCGGUUCAAGUCCUUAGGUUAAAUUUUAUAAACGGUUGAAAUUCAGUAUUCAGAACAAUCUAAGGACAGUUUUAGGCGUCGUUUCGUAAUACGGGUCUAAGAGCACAGUGAUGGAAGGAUAUAAUGUGUCAAAAGAUUUCAUUGCCACAAACACGCCUCUAGGGUAUUAUUAUGUAUUUAUGUGUAAACUACAAUAGUAUACUAAACAAACCAGUGAUCAGAUAUUUUGUGAUGCUGUUAUGUCCUACAAGCAUGUACAAAAUUUUGUGAUUCCGAGAUUAAUUUAAUGAUUUUAUUCGAUAACGUUGCAUGACGAGACUCUUAAUGAUAUGUAAGAUUCAUGUCCGUUUUCACCAUCAAUCCCUAUUUUUUAAGUGACCC